AUGCUUGACGCCAGCGUGUUUCGCAGUUACGCACUCUUGGCUGCCGUGGUGAUCGAGAAUGGGCCCACUACAGAGCAGCUGAAGUACGUGACGGUGAACGUGACAGACACAGCGGUUUGCCGCACGAGGCUGCUCGUACUGGAAGGAAUGCUGUGUGCUGGAGGGAUGGGGAACGAAGACUCCUGCCAGGGAGAUGGUGGUGGGCCACUCGUGUGUAACGGUUCACUUGCCGGAGUCGUCAGCUUUGGCUACUACUGCGGUCUGCCAGGCUACCCUAGCGUGUACACCGACGUGUCCAAAUACGGCGACUUCCUCAACCAUUCGCUGACAGAGCCGGUGUCGCCUCAAUGA